AUGCGAGUCGAUGUGGAGGACUCGCAUCUCAAGACAAGGAUAGUGGCACCGACCAACUUUCAUAGGAGGCGAUUGGUUGAUCAAGAUCAGUUUCGUGCACCUCACACGAUCAUACAUAGAGGAUCUAGAUUUGUUGUUGGAUGGGCGAGAGAGGAAGAUGUACCUCAUCCGCCAGAUGUGCAUCAUACUUCUAAGACAGAGGUUACUCUAGAGAAAAUUAUUGAGGUGCAUAUUCUGUACACGGCUGAUGAGGUAUCGCAUAUUGAUGAUGUGGAGGUUACUCCACAUGUUGAGAGACACACUGAUAAUGUCGUAAACCGUCUGUAG